GACAAAGCAGCCCUGUCCAAGAGCAGCCCUAAUGGGGGAGGAUCCACCACUAUGACCCUGGGCCGUGGAGCCCACCGAGCCACCUCUACCACCAGCAGCCCCGACCACAGCGACCACGCCUUGUCAGCCAGCAGUGACUCAGGCCUGUCCAGCACCUCCCUGUGGACCGACCGAACCCCAGCUCCCAUCACCACCAGCACCAGGCCCCAGCAGGGCCCCAGCCGCCAGGAAAAGGCCCAGCUGAAGCGCCUGCUGAGUGGGUUCGGCCUGGAGGAACCCUCCACAGAGGUCGAGGAGAUGUCUGAGUGCGGAGGUGGAGGGCCAGGAGGGGUGGCCUUCCAGAAACUGGUUCCAGUCCAGGUGCAUGUCGUCGGAGACCCACGGCCCCCCAGGGAGAGGGAAACGGACAUCCUGGAUGACUUGGUCCUCCUGUCGGGUCAUGACCUGCACAGUGUGGACAGCCUGGGGACCCUGUCAUCUUCCUGCCACAAGAGCAGCCAGAAUUCCCUGCUGUCAGACGGCUUUGGCAGCCCCGGGGGAGAGGAGCUCCAGCACCAGCCUCCCCACCAGCCCCAGCACCACCACCCAGCCCCGGCCACCAUGGAGGAGUAUGAGAGGGCCUACGCUGAGGCCCGGAGGGGCUGUCUGGGCCUGAGGAGUGCUUCGAUCUCCGCCUCCACCCCAGCCAGCAUUGUUCCCAUGCCCAAGCAGCAGGUCUACCGGCAGGGCAGCUACUCCACACACACCUGGGUGCGCCAGCAGCAGAUGGUAGCAGCCCAUCAAUAUGCCUACCUGCAGGCCGAGGAGGGUGAGGAAAGGGAGAGGUACCCAGGGGACAACAAGCAGCAGGGGGGAAGCCCACCCAAACAUCCAGGCCCUACAGUGUCACAACAAAGCUCCAUGCUGAGGAUGGACACUGCUGUCCAGAGAACGGUGGUGGCCCCGCCACAAACUCACAAUGAGCAGUCUCCUGCAGUCGUCAACAAGAACAAGCGAGACGAGGAGUUCAACUCUUUGACCGUGGACAUUGAUAACUCCAUCGACCAGCUCAACCAGUUGAUUAUGGACCUGGACCCCACGUUCAUGCCGGUCCCCACGCGCUCUAGCUCGGUCAAGAGGAACGGAGGUACAGGGAUGCACGUGAAUGGCUCAGCCACCACCACAGCCACCUCAACAGGCUGCCCCAAUGGAGUCAGUCAUAGACUCAUGGAUAACAGUACAGCCCCAAUGCAAAGCACACAGCAGACAGGUAAGACAGACAGCAAGCUCUGGGUGUGGUGGUGGUGGUGGUGUGGUGAUAUGAAUGGUGGUGGUUGUAAUAAUGGUGAUUCAAUAAUAGUACUGGUGGUAAUGUUAGCGGUGGUGGUGGAAAUGUGACGCAACAUCUGCAAAUAGCAAAGCUUCAUGAAAAAUGGUGGUGGUAGGAAAUCAAUGAGACAGUCAGAUUUGGUAAUGCAUCUGUUCUGGGAGAACUUCACCAUGAAAUCCUCACUUCUCUUACAACACAGUGUUAACUUUACCAAACACUCCUUUGAUCUCUCUCCCACCUGGAGUGCAGUUAGCCAGUGUAAAUAGCAGGGUUUCUUCCAGCUUUUCAGAUGUUUUCAGCAUGUUUUUGAGGCAGAGGCCAUUGUCGAGGCUUGUCUGUGUACAGCUAUCUCACUCCGGAAUCAGAGGGAGAGAGAGGGCUGUCAUCAGCUCUGUAGAGCUAGGCUCACACAGCUCGAGAACAUUCAUACACGUGGGACACUAUACUGCUGACAUGGAAUGUCUUUGAAAGUUCCUCACACGCUCUCAGGCCCUACUUGUCAUGGGCUCACUGAAGCCACUUUUAUCAGUAGAAACACCAGCUUGAUGUUUCUUGCUUUCAGAAAACAGUGUCUUCAUGUUAAAGGGAAUAUUCCAGCUGUCAGUGUCAGCAGGUCCCCUUGCAUGUUAUCCAUCUAAAAUAAUAAAAAACCACAAGUGGAGGAAUAUUCUUACUUACUUGUAUGUUUUGAACUUUGCAAUAGUUUCCCUCAAAAAACCCUUGGCUUAACUUUAGUUCAGGUGCCAAAUAUUUCCCUCUUGACAUUAAAUUGGUGUAUUAUGCCCUUUUUUAUUGACAUAGAUGUUGAUUCUGAAACACUGUGCCAAAGAAUCCUAGGAAUGUUCAGUGCUUAUUAGUGACUGAAAAAUAACAUAAAACUUGUAGUGUAUUUCCACUGAAAUGUCAGACUUGAUUUGCCCCAACAAAAAAUGUAUCAACCCCUACAAAAAUGUCCAUUAAUUAUAAUCCACAUAAUAAUUCACAUUUCCUGUUGCUCCAGGAUGAUUUUCCUGCUGUAGCAAACUGGAUCAAAUUAAGAUCCUAUAUCUGUAUAUUGAGUUGGUUUAGAGUAGACGUCUGUGUCAAUGUAUAGAUGAAUAAUGAUUUGAGUUAAGGUGAACAUUGUGUUCAGGUGAGUUGUUGAGGCUCAAACGUGAUUCAUAUGACUUACAGUGGAAAGGGAAUAGCUUUGUGGUUCAGGGACAAGUCAUAACGUGACUGUACAUAUAAGUACAAAAGACUUGCAAAGGUACCUCUAUUAUGCAAAUGUUUUACAUCUAUGGGCAAAAUCACAAAUUAUAUCUUGACAGACAGAUGGACAGAACUGCUGUAGCCAUAGAUCCCAUGUGUAGAGCAGCUAUAUAGACGACAUACACAAACACCGGCACACUCACAAACACUCCACAUAAAACAUCCUGAACAUUACAAACUAACUCACUCUAUGACAAUGUUGUGUACAACUUAAGCCCAAUUAUAAAUGCAUAAAUAGAGUUGUGUUGUGUCUCCUUUUCUUUGUUGAAAUAGGCUAAGUACUGUCGCACUUCAAAUCAAAUUUUAUUUGUCACAUGCGCCAAAAACAACGGGUGCAGACUUAAUCAUGAAAUGCUUGCUGACGAGCCCUUCCCAAUGAUGCAGAGUAAAAAAAUACAGUGGCAUUUUUCCUAUUUUGUUGCCUUACAACCUGGAAUUAAAAUUGGUUUUUGGGGGUGUUUGUAUCAUUUGAUAUACACAACAUUUUUAGGUGUGAAAAAAAAAACAGAAACCUUGAGCGUGCAUAACUAUUCACCCCCCAAAGUCAAUACUUUGUAGAGCCACCAUUUGCAGCAAUUACAGCUGUAAGUCUCUUGGGGUAUGUCUCUAUAAGCUUGGCACAUCUAGCCAUUCUUCAAGGCAAAACUGCUCCAGCUCCUUCAAGUUGGAUGGGUUCCGCUGGUGUACAGCAACCUUUAAGUCAUACCACAGAUUCUCAAUUGGAUUGAGAUCUGGGCUUUGAGUAGGCCAUUCCAAGACAUUUAAAUGUUUCCCCUUAAACCACUCGAGUGUUGCUUUAGCAGUAUGCUUAGGGUCAUUAUCCUCCUGGAAGGUGAACCUCGUCCCAGUCUCAAAUCUCUGGAAGACUGAAACAGGUUUCCCUCAAGAAUUUCCCUGUAUUUAGCGCCUUCCAUCAUUCCUUCAAUUCUGACUAGUUUCCCAGUCCCUGCCGAUUGAAAACAUCCCCACGGCAUGAUGCUGCCACCACAAUGCUUCACUGUGGGGAUGGUGUUCUCGGGGUGAUGAGAGGUGUUGGGUUUGCGCCAGACAUAGCGUUUUCCUUGAUGGCCAAAAAGCUCAAUUUUAGUCUCAUCUGACCAGAGUACCUUCUUCCAUAUGUUUGGGGAGUCUCCCACAUGCCUUUUGGCGAACACCAAACGUGUUUGCUUAUUUUUUUCUUUAAGCAAUGGCUUUUUUAUGGCCACUCUUCCAUAAAGCCCAGCUCUGUGGAGUGUACGGCUUAAAGUGGUCCUAUGGACAGAUACUCCAAUCUCCGCUGUGGAGCUUUGCAGCUUCUUCAGGGUUAUCUUUGUUCUCUUUCUUGCCUCUCUGAUUAAUGCCAUCCUUGCCUGGUCUGUGAGUUUUGGUGGGCGGCCCUCUCUUGGCAGGUUUGUUGUGGUGCCAUAUUCUUUCAAUUUUUUAAUAAUGGAUUUAAUGGUGCUCCGUGGGAUGUUCAAAGUUUCUGAUAUUUUUUUAUAACCCAACCCUGAUCUGUACUUAUCCACAACUUUGUCCCUGACCUGUUUGGAGAGCUCCUUGGUCUUCAUGGUGCCACUUGCUUGGUGGUGCCCCUUGCUUAGUGGUGUUGCAGACUCUGGGGCCUUUCCGAACAGGUGUUUAUAUACUGAGAUCAUGUGACAGAUCAUAUGACACUUAGAUUGCACACAGGUGGACUUUAUUUAACUAAUUAUGUGACUUCUGAAGGUAAUUGGUUGCACCAGAUCUUAUUUAGGGACUUCAUAGCAAAGGGGUGAAUACAUAUGCACGCUCCACUUUUCCGUUAUUUAUUUUUUAGAAUUUUUUGAAACAAGUUAUUUUUUUCAUUUCACUUCACCAAUUUGGACUAUUUUGUGUAUGUCCAUUACAUGAAAUCCAAAUAAAAAUCCAUUUAAAUUACAGGUUGUAAUGCAACAAAAUAGGAAAAACGCCAAGGGGGAUGAAUACUUUUGCAAGGGUAUGAGGUAUUUGAGGUAGAAAUGUUCAUGAUAAUAAUAAGAGUAAAAUAAAGAGUAGCAGCAGCAAAUCACAUUUUAUUCGUCACAUGCUUACUUCCCAAAUAGAGAAAUAAUUUUAAAAAAUGUACUGAGUGGCUAACAUAACCCUAACCCAAAUCAUGAUAUCAUCCUUGGAAUAUAUGUUAUGUCUCUACAAAGUGAGGUCUCCCAUAAACAGAAAAAUAUAGCAACACCCCAAAAAUGACAGUGUUUACAAACCGAAGGGCAAUGAAAAGAUCCCACCUGAGAUAUGGCGUUAGAGAGGUGAUAGUGAGAGUUAUUUGCAGUGUUAGUCUCUCACAUGGUAAAUGAGGUGGCCAUUCAUUCAGAUCCCCCUCAAUGAGCUCAACUCCCCAUGAUGCCUCCUUAGGGACCUUACACUCCACACCGAAUGUUGAUCUGCCGUUCGUCUGCUGUUCGUUCGGCGUGGUGUGUUUUAGGUACCACCCUCUGGUGGACGUCUGACUGCCGACAUUUUUGCGCGAUUUAACUUGUAGAAUCGAUUAGCAAAUGACAGACGGCACUCUGUUCAGACGUUUGAAGUGCUCUCGGCCAGCAAACGCUACCAGUGUGUCCGUGCCUUUUAGGCUAACCCUCUCCCCCACCCCCCCCACAAGUCCACCCACCCACAUCAGAGACAAACAGAGGCAAACUUCCAGUCGAAGCUCGCAUCCACUUCAAGACCCUGGUGCUUGCCUACAGAGCUGCAAGGAGAACUGCCCCUCCCUACUUUUAGGCUAUGCUCAAACCCUGGUCUCUUGGCCGUCCCACCCCUACAGGGGUUCAGCUCCUGCUCAGCCCAGUCAAAUCUCUUCUCUGUCUUGGCACCCCAAUGGUGGAACAAGCUUCCCCCUAACGUCAGGACAGCGGAGGUUCUGCCCAUCUUCCGAAAAUGUCUGAAACCCUACCUCUUCAAAGAGUAUCUUAAAUAACCUACUAGCACUCUUUGCUGAUAACUGCUUGGUUGAUGGAAAAUGUACUUACUAUGACUGUGAUAUGUGGUUGUCCCACCUAGCUAUCUUAAGAUGAAUGCACUAAUUGUAAGUUGCUCUGGAUAAGACCGUCUACUAAAUGUAAACGUACUAAGGCACAGGCAUGCCGAGCCAGACUGAAACAUACUGCUUUAGAAAAACGGACACACACUCAAAAAGGAAAGAUGCUGACUGGGAAACACACACAAAUGAAGUCCAAAAUAACACACCAUGACAGUCACAACAACCUACACGCGCACGUACACACCAACACACACACACCAACACACACACCUCCUCCAGCUAUGCCCUCAGAGAAUGUGUGUGUGUGUGUGUGUGUGUGUGUGUAAUCAUCCUGUGCAUUAGUACUUCUCUACAUUAAAAUUCCUCAUGGCUAUAGGACGACAGGGCUUUCUGGGAGGCCUUAAAUUAGCACCCCGGUGUCGAGUGGAGGGUUACCCCAGGCCAAGCCAGUCUGUCACAAGUCUGCCCCCCACCUCACAUCUCCCUCUCGGUCCACAGCUGUCCACUCACAACGACACAGACACUAGUACGAAACUAUACUCAAUAUUAUGCCAGUUGAAGGUAUUGGAGAGGUUUAACAACUCCUAGAGAGUGUAAUCAAGAAGUUAGAGACAGAAGUCUUUGGUAUGAUAUUGCUUCACAUAUUGCAUGUCACUAACAUGGCUUAAAGGGUUGACAUUCUUCAGAAGCGUGUAUUUCCUAUAGACUUGAGGUGGUAGAGCUCUCUGGAAUGGUCAGCAUUAAUGGCUAGUUCUUACCCUCCUCUCUGUCUCUUUGUGUGUCUGAGCAGCCGUCCCAUCGUCCAUUGGUGAUGUCAGAGUGGACGCCAUGCAGAGUCUGAGUCGGCAGGGCAGGGAUGUCACAGAUCACCCAGGGUUCUGUGGCUCAGGCUGGGGCAUGCAGGAAGACUACAGGAGCACACGUACCUACUCACCCUGCGUACCUCACUCACAGGUACCUGAACAUACUGAAACCCUGACUCACUGACUCCCAAUGUCUGUCAUUACCUUCUCAUUUAGAACAGAUUAUGGGAGGCGCACGGUACUACAUAGAGCCAUGGCUACAUGGAACUCUAUUCCACAUCAGGUAACUGAUGCAAGCAGUAGAAUCAGAUAAAGAAAACAGAUAAAAAUAGACUGUGAAGAGACAUACACACAGACACACAUACUGUACACAUGAUAAGACAGGCACUCUACACACACGUACACAUGGAUGUUGUAUUGUAAAUAUGUGAUAGUGGAGUAGUUGCCUGAGGGAACACACUAAAUGUAUUGGGUAAAUAAUAUGCCAUUUAGCAGACGCUUUUAUCCAAAGCGACUUACAGUCAUGCGUGCAUAAAUUUUUGUGUAUGGGUGGUCCCGGGGAUCGAACCCACUACCUUGGCGUUACAAGCGCCGUGCUCUACCAGCUGAGCUACAGAGGACCAGUGUUAUCAAAGUUAUCAAAGUAAAGUGUUAUCAAAUGUAAUGUAAUGUAAUGUAAUAUUUUAAAUUGUACAUAAUUGCCUUAAUGUUGCUCGACCCCAGGAAGAGUAGCUGCUGCCUUGGCAGCAGCCAAUGGGGAUCCUUAAUAAAUACAAAAUUCAAAAAUUGCCUUGCUUGUCAUGAUGUGCACUAUUAAGUGCUGUGUACCAUUUCUGCUGUGUACAAUGUGGUGAUGUUCACACGCAUGUUUUUGCUGUGUGUGUGUGUUUCAGCAUGGCAUGCUGUACAGGAGUGACAGUGUGGACUACAGAGCUCAAGGUCCAGAGAUGGACAGUGGAGUGGAGGCUGUUAGUGACAUGACUCCUCCUACUCCUGCCUUCCCAAUCUCUCCCCCUACACCUUACGGUAAGAGCCUCCUUCCUUGUCUUGUGCCUCUUUUCAAAGGUUUGUGUGUGAUUGCAUAUGAUGGUGCUUGUGAUCGUUGCUGAAUGACUGGAUUUUAAACCUCAUCUCUUCUUCUAUCUUUCCAAAGUGAAAAACAUGCCGGAAUUCACUCACCUGAGGCAAUCUCCAUCUCCCAGCAUGCAAUCCUACGGAACCUACAGGAUGGAGCAGGGUAGGUCAUGGCUGUGUGUAUCACAGCACUAACAUUCUCAUUCAUUCAUUCUUCAUACAGAUGACGUGAGAUAAAUGUUUAAAUAUAUUCCAUAAUACAAUGGAUUACAUCAGUACUCAAAAUAUACUUUUAUUUUCAGAGUAGAGAACAAUCCACAGAAAUACCACUAAUCUCUACAUAAAGUGUAUGGAUAUAUUGAAAUGUCAGGCCAUUGUGAGGGGAAUGUAUUAUGUGGCACUUGAACUUUGACAAAGCCAUUUGAUUGGAGGAGUCAGACUGUAGGGCAGUGGAACAAUGGAUAAGUGGUCUAUGUAGGGAAUAGAGUGAAGGAGUCUAUUCCACUCAUUCCCUCUCAUCCUCCUCUCCCUCUGUACUUCAUCACUCUAUUAAAGACAGAAAGUGGGUGACAGACAAAGAGAGUGAGUGAGAGAAAUAGCUCUAGGAGACGGAGCCCAGUGACAGGCAGUAUGCUCUGAUAUAGUAUGAGGGUUUGAAUUUAAGUAAGUGGUUUAAGUGUGUUCGGUGUUCAUCACAGCUUUUUGCCAUCAUGAGAACAUCUCUCGGAAUGUAAUCGACCAUAGCUCUUUUAUGUGUAAAUUAUGUUUCUGUGUUUAUAUAUUCCCACGGGGGGCCAGUAUAAAAGAAAAAUAUAUGUAUUCACUAACUGUAAGUCGCUCUGGAUAAGAGCGUCUGCUAAAUGACGUAAAUGUAAAUAUAUAUUUAUAUUUUCCUGUGGUAUUGCACCAUUGCUGGUCACUUUUCCAUAACUAAUCUAUGAUCCUUGACCUGUAGUUGAGGAUAUUGUGGUGGUUGGAGGCAGUGCACUAAACAAAGCCUUCUCAUGGACUGCCUCCAUUCCCUGGGGGUUCCAUACAAGUCUCUCUCCUCCCAUGGUCGGUUUGGAAAACAUCUGUAUGGUUUCAGUCCUGAAAUUAAACAGUUUUUUAUAGCACAUAGUGGCGAAGCCUCGAAUGACUAAAACAGUUUAAUUUUCUGUUUGUGUGGAGUCUUGUUGUGGUCUUAGAUGUUUCUCAGUGGUGGAACACACCCAGUUAUCUAAAUGGUUGUUCUCAGAGAUUGGGAGUGAUGUUUUGAUUUAUCAUGUACUGGCAUACAGUGCCUUGCAAAAGUAGUCAUCCCCCUUGGCGUGUUUCCUAUUUUGUUGCAUUACAACCUGUAAUUUAAAUGGAUUUUUAUUUGGAUUUCAUGUAAUGGACAUACACAAAAUAGUCCUAAUUGGUGAAGUGGAAUGAAAAAAAUAACUUGUUUCAAAAAAUUCUAAAAAAUAAAUAAUGGAAAAGUGGUGCGUGCAUAUGUAUUCACCCCUUUGCUAUGAAGCCCCUAAAUAAGAUCUGGUGCAACCAAUUACCUUCAGAAGUCACAUAAUUAGUUAAAUAAAGUCCACCUGUGUGCAAUCUAAGUGUCUCAUGAUCUGUUACAUGAUCUCAGUAUAUAUACACCUGUUCUGAAAGGCCCCAGAGUCUGCAACACCACUAAGCAAGCGGCACCACCAAGCAAGCGGCACCAUGAAGACGAAGGAGCUCUCCAAACAGGUCAGGGACAAAGUUGUGGAGAAGUACAGAUCAGGGUUGGGUUAUAAAAAAAUUGAGUAUCUGUCCAUAGGACCACUUUAAGCCGUACACUCCACAGAGCUGGACUUUACAGAAGAGUGGCCAGAAAAAAAGCCAUUGCUUAACGAAAAAGUUAUGCACGCUCAAGUUUUUUUGUCUAAUUUCUUGUUUGUUUCACAAUAAAAAAUAUUUUGCAUCUUCAAAGUGGUAGGCAUGUUGUGUAAAUCAAAUGAUACAAACCCCCCCAAAAUCAAUUUUAAUUCCAGGUUGUAAGGCAACAAAAUAGGAAAAAUGCCAAACAUAAUCAGACAUGGCAUAGGUCCCUUCUGUGGUUCCCUCCCUCUGAAACAAGUCAUAAAGAGGGUUUUUGUUCCAAAUCCAGUUGAGUAGUUGGCAGAGUUUUGCCGUCCUAUCGUGACUGUGGGUCAUUUGUGAGGCAUGUCAGUGAUGAUAUCAGAGGUUACACUCACACACACGCAGUGAGACUCAUAGAGGUGACCUUCAUGUUCGUCUCUUUGUCCCCCUUUGACCCCCAACCAGCCUGUUGUCAUGGCGAUCUGUGUCAGAGCGGGUUAUGAGAGUGACAGCGCCCCCAGACUAAUCUGUGCCCCCACUGUACCCACUUUACCCAAGCACGCACCGCGUAUAGAAUCACCGCAUUCAGACAUGCCACGUAACCAUGGUUACGCAGGGUCGAGGAAUCGGGUGCACAAAAACACUUUUCUUUCCCCAGUGAAAGUACCUCUGUGUCAAUAGAAGGGGCGAGGGACAAAAAGAAACCAGUCCCCCUCUCUCUCGUCUCGUUGUUUGCCUUGUCCUCCACAUUCCCAUGGAGGUAACUGGUAACCCAUGGAAACUUCAGUCAGUCACUGAGCUGUAUGGAAUCAGUGGACUGGAAACAUGUGGUUUCAGGUUCUGGGGGCAGGCACAUAGAAAUAUAAUUAGUAGAACGGGUGUUCCCAUUCAAGUCAAUGAUGGCAUAAUGGGUGGACUGGCGGCCAUUGCGAGUGUACCCAUAGGAGCAAAGAAGAAAGUAAAAGCAGGAAGUAAAAGCAGGAAGUGUAGCCAUCAAUAUGUGCUGUGAUUUGUUGAUUCAACUCAACUGAUGUUACAAACAAAUGCAUUCCAUUGCAUGAGCCACAUCAGUUAACAUCAUUUGAAUGAACAUUGUACAAUACCAUGGUAAUUAUUGCAUGAUAAUACCAGGCAGCCAUUGCAAGUGUACCAAUGAGUUUACCAGUCAAAUUUAUAUGGGCAGAUACCUGUCAGUGCUUCCAGAGCAAUGAUAUAUGAAAUAAAAGCUUUACUCAAUUAUGUCUGGGGGCUUUUAAUUUCUGCUUGAAUGAAUGAGUCUGAUUUAUUGACUCAGUGGUGCUGCCUGCUAGGCAGCAGUAAGGCCUGCCAGGCAGAGUAAUCUGCUCCGUACUGAACAGAUCGAUAAAUGUACUGUUGAGCUAGCAGCAGACUGACUGACUGACUGACUGACUGGAGAGUGAUUUAACUAACACCACUGCUGACUGCUCUGUUUGGUAUUGGAUGUACUCUAUUAUACUGCACCUGGGGGGAGAGCGCUUUUAUUUGACUGAAAUUCUUAAGGUUAUGAUUAAGAGUUUAGCCAUUAUUGCCCCGUUUUUGUUCAUGUGAUAUCCAGAUGUUUUUGGAGAAAUUGGUUGUGUAUUUAUUUUGGAGUGUCGGUCAAUAGACUGUCUGAAAGACGUUUAGUGCAUUCUAGCCCUAGUCCUUGAAUGUACAGUAUUUAUCCUAUAUGUGUAAUUUGUCAUGUAUGCCCUCUCACACCCCCACAGAGCCUCACGGUUACUUAGAGAUGAUUGGUCACGUUCCCCAGUCCACAGAUGAGGGUCUGCCAGACUCCUCCCCCAGCUGCCAUAGGUCCUUCGGCUUCUCUCGCUCAGACUUCAUGAGUGGGACGCUCCAACGGACAGACAGGUAUAGCCAAUCACAAACAAGCCUUCUGCAUAAUUAUUAGAAGCUUAGUUCAUGUUUAUUCAAAAGGUCCUUUCUUGGAAUAUAAUAAGUAGACGGUUAUGGACCCAAUCACUUUGCUUUUUAUAUAUACUGAAGAAAAAUAUAAAUGCAACAUGUAAAGUGUUGGUCCCAUGUUUCAUGAACUGAAAUAAAAGAUCCCAUACAUUUUCCAUAGGCACAAAAGCAUAUUUAGCUCAAAUUAUGGCCACAAAUGUGUUUACAUCCCUGUUAGUGAGCAUUUCCAUUUGCCAAGAUAAUCCAUCCACCUGACAGGUGUGGCAUAUCAAGAAGCUGAUUAAACAGCAUGAUCAUUACACAGGUGCACCUUGUGCUGGGGACAAUAAAAGGCCACUCUAAAAAGUGCAGUUUUGUCACACAACACAAUGACACACAUCUCAAGUUUUGAGGGAGCGUGCAAUUGGCAUGCUGAUUGCAGGAACGUCCGCCAGAGCUGUUGCCAGAUAAUUGAAUGUUCAUUUUUCUACCAUAAGCCACCUCCAAAGUCGUUUUAGAGAAUUUGGCAGUACGUCCAACCAGCCUCACAACCACAGACCACAUGUAACCAUGCCAGCCCAGAACCUACACAUUUGGCUUCUUCACCUGCGGGAUCGUCUGAGACCAGCCACCCGGACAGCUGAUGAAACUGAGGAGUAUUUCUGUCUGUAAUAGAGCCCUUUUGUGGGGCAAAACUCAUUCUGAUUGGCUGGGCCUGGCUCCCAAAUGGAUGGGCCUAUGCCCUCCCAGGCCCACCAAUGGCUGUGCCCCUGCCCAGUCAUGUGAAAUCCAUAGCUUAGGGCCUAAUGAAUUUAUUUCAAUUGACUGAUUUCCUUAUAUGAACUGUAACUCAGUAAAAUCAUUGAAACUGUUGCAUGUUGUGUUUAUAUUUUUGUUCAGUAUAAUUAUGGUUAUAGGCUACAUGUUCUGAAAAUACAUUAUGGUCAUACAGUUUGAUUACAGAUGUGUUUUUAAAUUAUCUUCUAAUUUUGGUGUUCUUCCUCCUGUCUCCAGCCCCUCCAUGGGUCAGCCCUGGCCAGAGGACAGAGCCCUCCUGAGCCGCCACGCCUCCCUCAGCACCUGCCCCCCCCCCCAGGCAAUCCCCUCCCCACUCAAUGUCCUUGGACUACGGACACCUCUCCCCUCCCAUGCACCCCCACCCGGCCCCCAAUGCCCACAGCUCCCCCCGGGGCAGCCAGCGGAGCCACAUGGCCCGCUACGCCCUUACCCACAGCCCCGUACACAGCUUCGAUGAGCAGGACGACUCAGGCCUGGGGGGCUACGGCGCCGCCGACUGCCCAGCCUCUGCCUCUCCUCUUCUGGGGAACGGAGGCAUGGAGAGGGGGAUGUUGAUGUCGGGCUCCAUGGACCAGCAGGGCACCAUCCGGACCCAGCAGCACCAGCAGCUCCAGGCCCAGGGGGCCUUGCCUCCUCUGCUGCCUGAGAAGAGGAGGGCGUCAGACGGGGAGCACUCCCUGUGCACGGCCUCCCCAGCCCCCAGCGGGUUCUCCAGCCCACACAGCGGGAGCUCUCUCAGUAUCCCCUUCCCCAACGUCCUGCCUGACCUCUCAGCCUCUGCACAGAUGCCGGGCACUGCCUCACCUCUACCAGGUAACCCCCUAGCUAGCGCAGUCAAUAGCCAAUCACUUAUAUGAGCCAAUUGCUUGGGUUGGUGCAAUACUUCAAAGAAGGUAAUCUGUACUGUAUCCUUUAGGUACUGCCCUGUGAGUGUUCUCUGUCAAUUUGGAUUUGCCACAUAUGGAUGUCUUUUAAACUUAGUGAUUUAAUUCCUGAGUUCUAUCUGCAUUUGCUUACCUCUGGUGUGUUUGUGAUACUCUAUUUCCAGAUGUCCUGACCAUCAAGCAGGUGACUGUAAAAUUUGUGCAAGACACAUCGAAAUUCUGGUACAAGCCUGAUAUCUCCAGGGACCAAGGUAAAAACAUUAGGAAAUACGUGUCUUGUCUCCCAAGUGUAUUUUGUCUGCUGAAUUUCCAUGAUGCUCUUCAACAUUUUGAAAGUGUUGGGAGAUUUUGACAGUUUUAGAGUUUCCAAUUUACACACUCUUCCAUGACACUGUCAUUAAAAUAUCUUCCUGUGUCCUCCUCUCCUCCUUUACUCCUCUUCUCCUCCUCUCCUCCUCUCAGCUAUCUCAGUCCUGAAGGACAAAGAGCCUGGGUGUUUCAUUGUACGAGACAGCCACUCCUUCAGAGGUGCCUAUGGGCUGGCCAUGAAGGUGGCCACACCCCCUCCCUCAGUCCUGCAGCAGACCAAGAGAGGUAGGCAUUGGCUGAAAGAUAUAAAUGGGCCAAGCUUUGGGUCAACUCAGAGCGGUUUCUGUUUG